CUCCGCAGGUCCGUCGCCUAGACAACCGACUGCAGCUCGAUGGAGACGCCACCGGACGGUAUAGUGGGGCCGGAACCAGGAACGCUGAGCCCGGAGCAACUGCAACAGUUGCGAGAUUUCAAGAUCCAGACUCGGAUCGCAAAUGAAAAGUACUUGAGGACCCACAAAGAGGUAUCGCUGCUCAUUAGCGGCUUCUUCAGAGAAGUGCUUCUGGAAAGACCAGACAACAUCCUCGAAUUUGCUGCGCACUAUUUCACCGAUCCAAGACUUCCAGAGGAGAUUCACAUGCAGCUAAUUAAAGAGAAGAAAGGAGCCUAAUUAGCAAAGGCCCGAUGCUCAGCUGCUGAGAGAAGGCAGAAGGAAUCCAGCCUUGGGUGGGUGUUAGCGUCACUCUUGUGAAAAGCGACACCGGCUCACGGGUCCAGGCGGUGAAAGAAUGCAAGUGGGCAAACAAUGGAGCAACGUGGUACA